CUACUUGAACUGAGAGCUGUGUCUAUGUGCAGCGUACGGGAAUUGUGGGUUUAGCAAUAGCGGCGGGCGUAGGCCGUGGACUGACAGGCAGUGGUGCGGUACCGAGCAGGUUUAGGCACCGGUGAUAGGGCUGUGCACCCUGGUUAGCCCCGUGCACUGCAGUGUUCUGUUUGUCCCCGGGGCAGGAGGACGGGGUCGUGCAUUGGAUCACCCACCAUCGUCCUUCCCGGUGCUUGAGUAUUAGUUACCGAAGCGGCGGGCAAGAUGUCGCACUUAGUGCUGCGGGAUGAGAACCAGGAGAACGUCCAGCCUAGGAAGCAGCUUACCGGCCAGCAUGCCCCGCCAGGCCGCACCGUGCUGGGGGUGCUGCAGGAGAACCGGGGGCAGCGGGCCCAGAGCAGAGGAGGCAAACAGCAGGCACCGAUCCUUGCCGCACAUAAUCCCCUCGGCCUCAACGAUGAGAACUACGGCAGAAUCCCGGCAGGGAAGGCGGCUGGGAAACAGUCUUCCUUUGCCAUUCAUGUUGAUGAACCGGACUGUGCAAACCACAAGAAGCCAGCUGUCCCCAAGAAGCCUGUGCAUGAUGAGCACCUGAAACAGCUGAACUCUGUAGUCAUUUCUCUUGGCCAGCGGCAGCCGCUGGCACCUAUAGCACUGCCAGAGAAUGUCAGCUUUGAUUCCCCAAUGGAUAUGUCAAUUGUGGAUGAAGAGGAAAAGACUGUCAGUAGUAAAGAAGUUCCAGACUACGUGGAAGACAUUCACACUUACCUUAGGGAAAUGGAGAUAAAAUGUAAGCCAAAAUCGGGCUACAUGCAGAAACAACCUGACAUAACGAAUAACAUGCGUGCCAUUCUUGUUGACUGGCUAGUUGAAGUUGGGGAAGAGUACAAGUUGCAGACAGAAACCCUGUACCUGGCUGUAAACUACAUUGACCGAUUCCUGUCUUCAAUGUCUGUUCUGAGAGGAAAGCUUCAACUGGUUGGCACUGCUGCUAUGCUCCUGGCCUCUAAGUUUGAGGAGAUCUACCCACCAGAAGUGGCAGAAUUUGUAUACAUAACUGAUGACACUUACAACAAGAAACAAGUCCUCAAAAUGGAACAUCUGGUGCUAAAAGUUCUGUCUUUUGACCUUGCUGCUCCAACCAUCCUCCAAUACCUCAAUCAGUACUUCAGGCACCACCCAGUGUCUUCAAAGAUGGAAAGCUUGUGCUUGUAUUUGGGAGAGCUCAGUCUAAUUGAUUCGGACCCCUUCCUUAGAUAUCUACCCUCAAUCACUGCUGCAUCAGCUUUUAUCAUCGCCAACCAUAUAAUUAAUGAGGAGACCUGGCCACAGUCAUUGACCAAAUUCACAGGAUACACAUUGGAAAGUCUUAAACCUUGUAUACUGGAUCUCUAUCAAACCUACCUCUCUGCGGCAUCCCAUCAACAACAGGCUGUCCGUGAGAAAUACAAGAGCGCAAAGUAUCAUGCUGUAUCUACUAUUGAACCUCCAGAGUCAUUGUCUAUAUUCUCAUAACCUUACCAGACGGACUUUUAAUGUAUAUUUACAAAGCACAUGAUGUACAGUUUUUCUAUCCUUUUUGUAUUGCUACUGGGUAUCCAUACUGAUCUCUAUGGCAGAAUUAUGAUACAGAGUUUUAGAUUUUUAUUGGUUUUAAGUUUUUGUAAAUUUAUGUAC